AAGGCUCCACUUCCUUCCUUCUUUCUUUGGUUUUUUCCUUCGAGGGGUUAAAACUAUGAGAGCUCCGAUGCCUAGACAAGCCCGGAAAUGUGAGCAGUGGAGCAAGAAUACAUUGCCAGCUUCCAUAUCUUGCCCUGAAGAUCCCCAAGGCUCUGCUUGGAGUGUGCCGUUUGCCUUGCUAUACUGACAUCGCGGCUGCAGAUGGCUUCUCCACCUCUGCUGUAAGGGAGCUGGGAGGCCAAGGGCGAGGACUUCAGGUUCCAGUCGGCCACAAGUUUUCCCAGAGAGCUGCCUUGAGGAACCAGUGGGGGUGGGUGGGCCAAAGCUGCACUCCCACCUCACCCCCAGUAGCAGCCUGUGGACAACCCUCUUUCCUUUCCCUGCAAGUCCUUUGGCACCCUUUGUUUGCCUCUCCGUUGGCCAUCGGGGAGGGCCGGGCCUCACCCCUCGAGGGGCCAGGCCUGGCGGCCUUGCGUUGCCGAACCCUGACGUAAGACGAAUAUAAAUACAAAAUGGCUGCAGGGAGAGGGGAAACAGCCGCCCUCCACCUCCAGUUUCAGGGUGCCCCGGAGCCGGGAAUGCAGCCAGCGAUGAAAAUGGAGGAGCAAGACCCAGCUGGUCAUGACCUAGGGGGUGACGGAGGAGGAGGAGCUCCCCGUUUUGUUCCGGGUGGGUCCAUGCGGGAGUUUCUGGCCGGAGAAGCUCCUCAGCAGGUGAAACAGGAGCCGGACGAGGGGCUGCAGCAACACUGGGAAGCCCAGCGACAGGAGUUCCCAAAGGCCAUGCCGUACCCCCAGCCGGGUUGGCGGAACCCACCGUUGCACAAGUCCCUGCAGUGGGACACGAGUUCGUUCCAUGCCUCCUACGAGGUGGCGGCCAACCCGAGCCAGUGGCCCUCCGGAGGGUGGGUGGCUCAGAGCCUGCCAGGCCUCAGAGGAGAAGCUCAGCCGGUCUACAGCGGCCCGGAGCACCGGGAGCGAAGGAACUACGGGAACGUGAAGGAAGAGGCCCUGAGCGAAGACACGGCCAGCUUGGAAGUGCGGCGCCAGCACUUCCGGCAUCACCGCUACCAGGAGGCCGAGGGCCCCCGGGAGAUGUGCAGGCAGCUCCAGGAGCUCUGCCACCAGUGGCUGAGGCCUGAGAGGCACACCAAGGAGCAGAUCCUGGAGGUGGUGAUCCUGGAGCAGUUCCUGACCAUCCUGCCCCAGGAAAUUCAAAACUGGGUCCGGGACCAUGGCCCGGAGACCUGCGCCCAAGCGGUGGCUUUGUCGGAAGAUUUCCUGAUGAGGCAGCGGGAGGCCCAGAGAAAAGAACAGCAGGUGCUGUGGACGUUUGAGGACAUGGUGGUGAACCCCCCCAUGACACAGCAGGUGCAAUAUCCCUCUGUGACGCAACAGGUGCACUACCCCACUGUGGCCCUCCCGGUGCAGUAUCCGCCCCUGGUGCAGCAGGCACAGUAUCCUGCCAUCGGACAGCAGGCCCCGCACCCCGUUGUGCCAGACAGAGCACUGCCAGAUUGCGGCAGAACAAUGAUCCGCAGGGAGCCUGUGCCGGAGGGCGGCAGAAGUCUCAGGCCAUACGGGCCUAUCCAAGAGUUCCGGAGACCCCUCACAAAUGCAGAGCGGAUGCGGAACCGGAGGAUGCGAAACCGAAAGCAGCGCCUGGAGACCAGCAUGCAGCUCGUUGAGUCGGCUUCGAGGGCCCCCUCCAUGCUUUUGGACGCCAUGCGGGGCUUGCACCGGCAGGACCUGAAGGCCUUUGACAGGGCCAGGCAAGAGGAAAGGCAGCACAGGAAGCAGGAGAGGCGCCAAGACCGGGCCACAGCCCACCUGAUGGUCAGUGCCAUUGAGCGCUCCCACAAUGACCUGGGAGAGUUCUUGGGGAGGCAGACUGCUACCAUGGCUGCCAUUGCGGCAGUGUUUACCGGCCAGAGGUCUCCGCCACAAGGAUCAUUUCUCAGUUACAGUUCUUACCAGGGGCUCAACAACCCCCCUUGGGGCUCACUGGAGCCCGUGACCUCUCUACCGCCCAGUCACAUCCCUGGUGUGCCUUCAGAGCCCGUGACUGGCCCAGUCAUUCCGUGUCCGGUGCCUCCUCUGGCCACCCCCGGCGGCAUAUGUGACCCAGUCCCUGAGCCGCCUCCUACGGACGGACCCAGAGAGGACGCUGCCCCAGACGUGCCCACACCCUCGACCUCUGACGCCACUUCCCGCACGCUCGACCCGCGGCCAAACAGAGGAGCCAAACGGAAGAUGAGGGAGUGAUGAGUGUUGACUCUCCCUCAGCCCAGUUGUGGUUUUUAUUUAAAUUUUGAUGGGGAUUUCUCAACGGGCUGGGUUGCCAGAACCCAGCGGCUCUUUCCCCUCCUUCCCACCCUCCUCUGGUUUUAACAGGACAGCCCAUCUAUCUAUGCAAAAAGGUAUAAAGUCAUGCCCUGUACUGGCAGCCAGGGAGAGCUGUAGAGUUCAGAGCCCGUGUCAUUCCAACGGGCAAAGAGGUGAGCUUUGAUCGAGGAGACCUGGGGAAAUGGUCCAUGGACCCAUUGUGCGGCUUGGGCGAGUCACACCUGCCCAUCUGUAAAAUGGGAAUAACCAGUCUACCUUGCCAAAGUGGCUGAGAAGCGUGCUUUGCAAAUGCAGGAGUCCUGACAAUGCAUGCGUCAUUGAACGUAUUUUACCUCCCAAGCCAAUUUUACACCGCUUACAGAUUUUUUGACAUAUUAAGCGGUAUAUAAAUGCUUUUUAAUAAUCAUAAAUUAAAGUAGGGCCGAGGGCAAAAGCUGUUCCAGUGAAGCUGUGCAGAUCCUGGGCUCCAUGAAGUGGCCCUGUUGAUACAACUCUUUUUCAGUGAUGUUUUAUUUAUUAUAUUUAUUAUAAAAGUUUUUUUUAUUUCCCACUACUAGAUGCCUGCGGUGGUUAACAAACAACCAAGCCACAAAAUUCCAACAAUAUUUGUUAUAAAGAACCAACAAUACAAAAAGAGAACAUUUAAAUCC